AUGGAAAAGGUUUGGCGUCGAGUUGGUCUCCAUUCCUCCCGCAAGAAAAGGGAUGGAAGUGGAACCAGCAGAGAAGUGACGUCAUCCGCUCCACCGGAGGCUGAGUACCAGAAUAUCCAUACGUUGCGAACAGCUGAUUUGAUACGUCAGAGGCAGGGAGAGGAAAAGUCGACUCUACGCUCCUCAUAUAUUAUCAGGAACGGGGAUAACUUUAUUCUGGUGGAACGGCGCCGUCGCCGUCGACGUAGGAGCGGUACUAGAGCUUCAUCAGGUGGAAGACAUCAUACACCCCCUGUGGAGGAGUCGAAUACGCGGACAGAACAAAAGAGACGCCCUCCAGCAAAGUUGAAAAUAUUCGGCAUUCAGUGGCCACUACAUUCCAGUGAUUCAAGACACACUUCAAUCACCCGGCGUUUCUGCCGCGGGCGUCGUUCGCGGGAGGACAACGAACUCUACCGCUCUAACAGCUUCAAGUUUGAACGGUUUGCCCGGGAACCACCCGCAGACGAGUUCACCACCAGUUCACAGAUCUCUAAUCCCCGCCCUGAGAGCCGAGACCGAUAUUAUCCCCAUAUUUUGUGGGAUUGCAACAUAAAUUAUGUGCACACGUUGCACCCAGGGGCAUUAAUAUCAUCUGUCCCAUCAAUUACAUCACCAAAAUCCAACGUUUGA